AUGCCUCCACAUCAGGAAUCGAUGGUCGAUGUAGAAGGGAAGUGGGCCAUCAACGACUUGAAGCAAACACUGGAACAACGCGGGACUGAGCCGCAGGAGGAUACGAACGUCUGGAUCCGGUACAACCCCGCCCUCUCAUACCCGGGAGACGAGAUCGAAGACGAGCGCAAAUUCGGCGAAGCUGACCAGAGGCAAGUGGUGCAUGAUUUCCUCAGAAAAGCGGAAAUAGGCAUUCUAGCGAUCGACGCGACCCUCUGGUCAGACGGCUGGCUAGAGAAUGUUACAUUUCCUAGGCAGGUCCUGCUGCUCCAGAAUGCCGACCCGCUGAAACUGCCUCAUUUUGAGCCCCGUCACUUAGCGUUCCUGUGGAAAGUUCGUCGCCUGGUUAUCGAUGUGCCGUGGAAUCAUGUCGCCGUUAUGUGCCUGCCGCCUGUUAAUCCUCUGAAACGGUACCUGGUCUACGAUGGGAUCGCAUCGCACACCGUCAUGCACUUCUUCGAAGGCCUUUAUAACCUGACGCACCUGUGCAUCAGAAUCAACGUGGGCCGCAUGGCUGAAGGAGCGUGCCCGGUCACGAAGUGGCUGCACGAAAUCGUGCGCGCGAAGCCACACUUGUCGCAACUGGUUCUCCAGUGCGUCGACGAUGUAUCGGGUUCUCCCUGCUCCAGAAGGCAUCACGUAUGGCGUUUGCUCAACCAAUAUAUCGUUUCCAAUAAACUCCGCCAAGUCAACCUCAUCCCCUUCGCCAUGAAGCUAUCCGACGAGUGGCAUACACUCGGCGAGACAGGUGAAUUUGCGUUGUGGGAGAAAGCCAGGAAGCCCGGAGGCCAGCUACGCGCAGUGUUGAAUAUGGCUGGAUUGCGACCUGAGUGA